AUGGCCUUUAGCAAUUUGACAUCAAAAGCUGCACUGCUUUAUGAUGAAUGGAUUAAACAUGCUGAUCCAAGAGUGGAAGGCUUCCUACUCAUGUCUUCACCUGUGCCACAGACUAUUAUCAUUGGAGCCUAUAUUUAUUUUGUCACUUCUUUGGGACCAAAACUCAUGGAAAACCGAAAACCUUUUGAACUCAGGCAGAUAAUGGCAUUUUACAAUUUUGGUGUGGUAGCCCUUUCAGUGUAUAUGACUUAUGAAUUUCUUAUGUCUGGUUGGGCCACAGGUUAUUCAUUCCGAUGUGACCUUGUUGACUACUCCAGGUCACCUACAGCUCUGAGAAUGGUUCGGACUUGUUGGCUGUACUACUUCUCCAAAUUCAUUGAAUUAUUAGACACUAUCUUUUUUGUUCUGCGAAAGAAAGAGGGCCAAAUUACAUUCCUGCAUGUCUUGCAUCACUCAAUCAUGCCGUGGACCUGGUGGUUCGGAGUCAAAUUUGCUGCAGGUGGGUUAGGAACAUUCCAUGCUCUGUUAAACUGUGUUGUGCACGUCAUCAUGUACAGCUACUAUGGACUCUGUUCACUGGGACCAGCCUAUUAUAAAUACUUGUGGUGGAAAAAACACAUGACAUCUAUACAGCUUGUUCAAUUUCUUAUGGUUACAGUUCACAUAGGACAAAUCUACUUUAUGGAUGAUUGUCCAUACCAGUAUCCAGUUUUUAUAUUCAUUAUUUGGCUCUAUGGCUCUAUGUUUUUACUCCUGUUUCUCCACUUCUGGUAUCAUGCUUACACCAGAGGGCAGAGACCACCAAAGACUAUGAAAAACGGAAUCAGCAAAAGCAAAGAUCACUGA